AAUGACGAUCACCCCAGAUCCUAAGGUCGAAAAUGGAGCAACUUUUGAUAUUCUAAGAGAGGAUCACACCAUGGGAAAUUUGAUUCGAAGCAAACUUUUGGAAGAACCACAGGUCACUUUUGCUGGAUAUAAAGUCCCUCAUCCUUUAGAAUAUAAUGUUAUACUGAAGGUCCAAACUACUGUUGACACUAAACCUGAAAUGAUGGUAGCAAAGGCGUUAAAUGAUCUAAUUACAGAAGUCAGUUACCUUAAGCAAAAAUUUGUGGAAGAACUUGGCCGCGCAAGAGCAUUGGUGAUACCCAGAGAGCAGAAGCCAAUGGAAGAACAGCAAAUGGGCAUCGCAUCUACGAGAGAAAGCAAUAUUCCGGUUGGAAAUGCCGGUGGUGUAGGAGUGGAUAUGGACUUCUAG